ACUGGGGGGCCGCGGGCCAACGCCCCUACACAGAAGGCAAAAUGACAGGGGCGGCGGGCGCAGCGACGGACACGGGAAAUGCACGGCGCUCGCAGCCUGCUAGGGAAGCAAAUAGCCGCAAUGCGCGUUGCGCCGCGGCGAGGCACCUCUGUGCGGCCCUGCCGGGGCCGGCGACACACCGCGGCCCAACACCGGCGCGGAGAGUUGCCUCCCCUGCCGCGGAGCGUGGGAAAACAAACUGGGGCGUGCGCUGCGGCACAGUAAUGAGGGAGCACCGCCGCCAAGCAGCCACCGAGCGGGGAAUUAGCCUGCAGCGCAGCAGCGUCACGGCCGCGCCGCCCACACGGCUGCCUGCGCUGUCCUCCCAGGCUGCACCUCCCCCGGCCGCCCCGGAGCGUGCGGGCGCGUGA